UCCAAGUCAAUUAGUUGAAAGUUUUUGUUUUUUUUCUUAAAAUUUAGCGUGUCGAAUAAAUCAAUCGUUAGGUUUUCUUAGAUUCGAAGUGGACCAUCAUCAGCAUCAAAAUUUUCUGUUAAUUAGAGAGAAUAACGCAAUUGGAUUUAUUGUUCUUCGAUCUUCAAUUGAGUGCUUUGAUUAAAGGAAAAAAUGGAGAAAGUGAAGAAUAUAUUGAAGCCGAAACCGAACCCUCAACAGCUUUUGAGAGAUUGGCAACGUCGCCUCCGUCAAGAGUGCCGAAAUAUCGAACGCCAAAUUCGAGAUAUACAGAGAGAGGAGAAGGUUGUACAGAAAUCAAUUAAAGAAGCUGCUAAGAGAAAUGACUUGGGCUCUGCUAAGUCACUAGCCAAAGAGCUCGUGAGAUCUAAAAGAACUGUGAACCGAUUGUACGAGAACAAGGCACAGUUGAAUUCGAUAUCCAUGCACCUUGGAGAAAGUGUUGCUAUUGCUCGCACAGUGGGGCAUUUGUCCAAGAGUUCUGAGGUCAUGAAGCUCGUUAAUAAUCUUAUGAAGGCUCCAGAAGUGGCUAUUACAAUGCAGGAAUUCAAUAAAGAGAUGACCAAGGCUGGUGUCAUUGAAGAAAUUGUGAAUGAUGCAGUGGACAGUGCAUUGGAUUCAGAAGACAUAGAAGAUGAGAUUGAAGAUGAAGUUGACAGGGUCUUAACUGAACUUGCUGGUGAGACUGCUGCGCAACUUCCUGAAGCAGUCCGAAAGGAGAAGCUAAAGCAACCUGCCCAGGCAGUAGGAGAUGCAGAGGAUGCUGAUGACGAGGAAGAUCUAGAAGAACUGAGGGCUCGUCUGGCUAAAGUAAGAUCAUAAGUGAUUCUUCAACUGACUUUCAGUUCCCGAGGGUUCAACUAUAAAAAUGCAGUAUGUGAAGUGGCAGACUCCUUGGCUGUUCUGCUGUGGGUGCAUGUUCUUUCUGGUUAAGGAAAUAGUAGAGUACUUUAUGUAUCUUAGUAUCAACUUCUCCGUGAUGUCAUAUCAAGCUCUUGAUACCAUGUCCAAAUCCAAGAUUUUACUCUCUCACACUAUGUAUUAUCGGAAAUGUGAUGCAUUUCAAUGUAUGGAGUGAAACACUAUGUUAAUGACUUACAGUCUUACGCUUGCUGUCUAGCAGAAUUGGCAGUUCAAUCUAUCUAAUCAGGAGUUC